AUGCUACUUAAAGCAGGAGCUGAUGUUAAUCCCCAGGAUGAAUUUUUAACACCGAUAACAGCAGCAAUUGAGGGUGGAUAUAUGGGUAUUAUAAAAGAACUGCUAAGUGCAGGGGCUGACGUAAAUCUAUAUGGAAAGUAUGAAACACCACUGACAGUAGCAUGUUAUGACGGACAUUUGAAUAUUGUGAUAGAGCUGUUGAAGGCAGGUGCUGAUGUUAAUCUACAAGGAGAUGACGAUACACCACUGACAGCAGCUUGUAACAAGGGGCAUACAAGUAUUGUUAUAGAACUAUUAAAGGCAGGGGCUGAUGUCAAUCUACAAGGAGAGUGUGAUACACCAUUGACAGCAGCAUGUAAGAAUGGGUAUAUGAAUAUAGCUAAAAAGCUGCUAGACGCAGGAAGUGAUGUCAAUAUGCAGGAUAAGGCAGGAAACACUCCUCUUUAUAUAGCUUUUUUUAACAUUCAUAAAAAUUUCAUCCCUGCUAUAAUACGAAUGUUUGAUGGGUAUGGUGUUGACUCAACUAUCAAAAAUAAUGAAAGCAUGUCAGCAUUCUUUAUUGCAUUAAUUAGGAAUUAA